GAGGGUCAGUACAUGCCCUGCUCAGGUUUGCCUCUGAGACUCCAGUCUGUUGCAGCCUGUUGUCAUUUGUGCAGUUUCUUUUGGAAGCAUUUUUUUGACGACAACCAUGCCCAAAAGCUCGGGACCGCGCUCUUAUUUGGUUCUGCAGAACUAUAUUGGAGGAAAGUUUGUGUCUUGUGGAAAUCAUAUUGACUCCUAUGAUCCUUCCACCGGUGAGGUCUACUGCAAAGUACCAGACAGCGGCAAAGAAGAGGUAGAUGCGGCAGUGGCAGCGGCUAAAGAAGCCUUCCCUGAUUGGUCAGCUCGUAGUCCACAGCAGCGAGGAGAAAUCCUCAACAAGCUUGCUGAUCUGAUUGAAGCCAACAUGGAGGAUCUCAUUCAAGCUGAGUCAAAGGACCAAGGUAAAACUGUGACAUUUGCUCGGACUGUGGACAUACCCAGGUCUGCGUACAACUUUCGCUUCUUUGCAUCGUCUGUGCUCCACCACACCACCGACUGCAGCCAGAUGGACCACAUGGGCUGCCUGAACUACACCGUACGCUGCCCAGUUGGAGUUGCCGGCUUGAUCAGUCCCUGGAACCUCCCUCUGUACCUCCUAACGUGGAAAAUUGCUCCGGCAAUCGCCACGGGCAACACAGUUGUGGCCAAACCAAGCGAGAUGACCUCUGUGACUGCGUGGAUGAUGUGCAAGCUAUUGGAGGAAGCUGGCGUCCCUCCAGGUGUGGUCAACGUCGUGUUUGGCACUGGUCAGAGAGCAGGAGAUGCCCUUGUUGGCCACCCAGAUGUCCCGCUGAUCUCCUUCACCGGCUCCACCGCAACUGCUCAACGCAUCACAGAGCGGAGCGCCCCCUACUGUAAAAAGCUCUCCCUGGAGUUGGGGGGGAAAAACCCAGCUAUUAUUUUUGCUGAUGCAGACCUGGAGCAGUGCAUCGAGACAACCAUUCGCUCCAGCUUUUCCAAUCAGGGAGAAAUUUGCUUGUGCACUAGUAGAAUUUAUGUAGAGAGGAGCAUUUACACUGAAUUUCUGGAGAAAUUUGUAGCUGCAGCCAGGAAGUGGAAGACUGGCGCUCCAUCCGACCCAAGCAACAACAACGGAGCUCUCAUCAGCAAAGAGCACCUAGAGAAGGUUCGCAGCUUUGUGGCACUUGCCAAAUCAGAAGGAGCUAUAAUCCACUGUGGUGAAGGAGUUGACCAGCUAGACCUUCCUGAAGCCAAUAAGUCUGGCUACUUUAUGCCGCCUACGGUCAUCUCGGGCAUCCCUGACAGCUCCCGGGUCAUGCAGGAGGAGAUCUUCGGCCCCGUCACUUGUGUUUGCCCCUUUGACACAGAGGAUGAGGCUGUUGCCAGGGGAAACGGAGUCCGCUAUGGGCUGUCAGCCACUGUGUGGUCUAGGGAUGUGGGAAGAGUUCACCGUUUGGCCCAGAAGCUUCAAGCUGGGUUAGUGUGGACCAACUGUUGGUUGGUGAGAGAUCUGAAUCUGCCGUUUGGAGGAAUGAAACACUCUGGUGUGGGCAGGGAGGGAGGAAAAGAUUCCUAUCACUUCUUCACAGAGGUGAAAAGCAUUACUAUCAAACACUAAGUAGAAUACGUGGGAUGUUUGUAUAAGACGUGAUUUAUGCAAACAGGGAGAUAGUUUAUUCUUUUUCUUUGUGUAGAUCAGCUUCUGUGAGCUUCUUUACAGAGUUGUAUCAAUGCAUCUAUCUUUCCAUCCACACAGAUUUCUAGAACCUUCAAUCCAAUCAAAUUAGUUGAAGAUUGAAGUCUCAUAAAGUCCAUGUUGAAACUACAGAAAUGUACACUGUAACAUGUUAAUGUCUAAUGAAAAGAAAAUAAAUAAUUUUGUUUUAAAAAGUAGAAGUUUUUUAUUUAUUUAAUUUUACUAAUUUUCUCAAAUUUUUUUAAAGUAAAUUUUGGACCAGGUGUUUUCAAAAGUGUGGGAAAGCUACCCAAUCACAGAGAAUAAAUAGACAAGUGCACCCUUGCUAUAUGAUGACUUUACGCGUAGCACCACAUGAUAUGAUGUAAGUAGGUAAAUAGUAUUUAAGACGUAUUUCAAGUUCUAGAGAUACUAUAAGUACAAGAAGUAUAAACAAGUAUAAACACUUUUGGGUUUUUACAAAAGUCUUCCUCUUUUGUAAAAAUACAGUUUUUAUAUAUACAUACAUUUAAGUAUAUUUAUAGUUUAAAUUAAGUCAGUUUGUUUUUUUGCGCACAUAAAUUUUGGCAACUAAAGUUGAUUCUGAAUUUGAUUAUAUUUGCACAGCAUUCUUCAGUCAAAAAUGUCCCAAAGUGUACCAACCGCCUCUCUGGUACAAAGUGUACCAACUGCAACAGUGAAAGCUGCAGGUAGUUAGAGAAAACUAUGAUAUUGCAUUCACUGAAAAUGAGUAUGGACACUGCCAAGAGGCAGGCAGCAGCACUGAAAUAGCUGCAGAAUGUUCAGUUUAGUACUGGUUGUGUUCAACAUGUGACAACAAUACUUUUUCUCAUUUUCUGAACUAACAAGUCCCAAAAAAAGCCCUUCAAACCUUGCUUAAAUCACCCAAAGUUGUGUGGGAGAAUGCUUUGGUCUGGUAAAAGCAAAGCUUUGAGCUUUUGAUAAAGAUUAUGAAGGGGUAAAA